UAUCUUCCUUUUCUAUGAUCAUGAGUGAAGAAUCUGAAGACAAGACUCCAUGUGACAAACAGAACGACGUCGUUCCCUUAGAGUGAGAGACCGAUUUAUUAGCAAUCGCAGCAUUGUUGGUAUUCUGGGAGGGGGAUUUGGCCCCCAGGGGAAGGCAUAGACUCUGAGUUGAUGAAACGACGUCGCUUAGUGAGGAGACCAAUCGAAUCGCUAGAUUAGCCUGGCUCCCACCUUUUACAGGUGAAACCAAAACCCUAAACCCCGCUACUGAAACGAUAAAACUUGAUCUCCCAAAAUGCAUUCCAUUACCACAAGGAUCCCUUACAAAACCCUAGUUAGACCCUUGUUCUUUGCCCAGUCUCGCAAUCUUUGCUCUGCUUCUGCAACCACGCAGAAGCUCGAAAGAAUCGCCGACGAGCUUCUCGACCUCACGAAGCUCGAAAGGUACGACUACUCCAUCCUUUUCAGGCUCAAACUUGGCCUCAACAAGUACGGUCCCGCCGUGUCUGGUCUGGCGUCUGCCGAUUCUGCGUCCGCCGGAUCCGGGUCUGCCCCCGCAGACGCCAAAGCUGCUGAGAAGACGGCUUUCGACAUCAAGCUGGAGAAGUUCGAUGCUGCUGCCAAAAUCAAGAUCAUCAAGGAAGUUAGGACUUUUACUGAUCUGGGAUUGAAAGAAGCCAAAGACUUGGUGGAGAAAGCCCCGGUUGUUUUGAAGAAAGGGGUUACUAAAGAGGAGGGUAAUCCCAUUGUUGAGAAGCUCAAGGAGUUGGGAGCCACUGUGGUAUUGGAAUAACUUCUGUUGUUUCACAUGUUGGAAAUGCUUUAUGGAAUUGCAUCUCGCAUAUGCUCAGCAGCAUGCCAUAUGAUUCUUCUUUCGAAAAAUUAGGAUUAUUUAUACGCCAUCAUCUUUGAUGCAGAAGCAAUUUGUCUAAUUUGUUGAGAAAGGUAGCAUUACUCUUUUGUUAAUGUAGAAUAAUCUUUUAUCACAAUGAUAAAUGAAUUUGUUGAUGAGCGGUUUUGGCAA